AUGGAUCUGGUCAAGGCCAAGUGUGUAGGACAAAAUGGCCGUUUGUAUCGGGUGAUAGCUGGAGGUUCGCUUGCGGCAGAAGACGCGGUAGAAUCUGUGGAGGUCUGUUUAUCGACUGUAAACUCGCGACUUUGGUUCCUUGUCCCGGCCGAAGGUGGGACAAGAGACGACCAUGCAGAACAGCAGCGUGAAAGGAAGCCAGCAGGUCCGGAGGAUAAAUAA